AUGGGGAAAGAAGGGAAGCCUUAUGGAGGAUUCGGGAGAAGAAGGCUUGUGUACCCACGUCUAAUAGAGGCUCGAAAUUACGGCAGUCAGCUAACGCUGUUUAUCAAUGAAGAGAUUACUUUAUCACUGGGACCAGCGGAUAUUUUUCCGGAGACGUUUUUGUUGCAGUAUGACGAAGGGGCAAGCCGGGUGAUACAUAAUAUGAAUGGAACGGAGCUUAACAAAAUGGUAUAUCAUGACACGGACCAAAGGGCGGCCGUAUCUGUCGAAAGAGAUAAAGGACUGCGUGUGCAUGGAAUUAUCCGCGAUUCACUACGUAUAAGACCAGUUAUUAUUGUAGAGCGAUCUAGUGCCGGACACAUUGCACACGAAAUUUUUAGUGUUGAUGAGCACUUUUCAAAUACACGGGACGAUUAUCUUGAAGUUCCACCACUUCAGCCAGCUCAACUCAUCAAGGAAAGGAGUAUAACAGUUCCCAGCACGGUGAGGCCUGAAAUAAUGAUGUUGGUGGAUACUACGAGGAACAAGAAUCUAAAAAGACCCAUAAAGGUGGCACUUUACGCAGGCGUACUUAUGGCUUCUGUCAACAUACGGUAUUCAUCUAUGACCGACCCAAAAUUGAAAACAAGGUUAUGUUUCGUUAAAAUUCUGUCGAAGAAACUAACAAGAGAUUUGUAUAAAUAUGUAACUUAUCAAGGUACCGAAUACCUGGACGCGUCUGCUACGCUUGAUAGCCUGAAACAGGAAGUACGAAAAACAUCAUAUGAAAAAUACGAUGCUGUUCUCCUAUUAACAAAAUUCGGUGUGCCAGUACCAAGACCACAUGGUCGUUCCUGGACAUCUAUGUCUUCAGGUAUUGCAUAUCUUGCCGGUGUGUGCUUAGAAGGUAAAGUGGCACUUUUGGAAGAUGAUGGCUUGUCCCACUCAGGAGUUUAUACCGCUGCUCAUGAACUGGGCCACUUGCUUGGAUGCCCACAUGACGGGGGACAAGCGCCUCCCAGUCUCCCAAACUCUCCUGGGGCGGCAUCAUGUUCGGACAGCGAUGGAUUUUUAAUGACCUCAGCCAUUACGGACACGAGCAAUAAAAAUAUCUACCAGCUAUCAUCAUGCUCCAAAGAACAGAUACGCUAUGUUGCGGAGCACGACGAUUAUGAAUGCCUGCGAAAGAGAACGCUUAGAAGCGAUUUAUCAACCGACAGGCUACCUGGCAGUGUUACGACUCCAAACGAAACUUGUGAAAUGAAUCUUCGAGCCUUCAAUCGUUCUGGUGGAUAUCAUGAAGAUAAGGACGGAAUGCUGGAGAGGUGCGUUCUAUAUUGUACAACGAGUCCUGAUCAGGAUGGCCGUUUUUCGCUUUUGAAUGUCACAGCACCGGACGGGACACGUUGCAGCGACUCAAAGCCCCCGAAGCUCUGCAUAGCUGAAGAAUGCGUUGACUGGAUAUAA